GUCGGGGUUACAUACACAUCUUCUUAUUAAAGAAUAAAUAUUAAGUUUGUUAGCGAGUAUGUUUAAAAGUGUAGAUAUUCGUUUUAUGUUUAUUUUGCGUUCCACUUGAAAACAAAAAAUAAAAAAACAACACACACACAAAACAACUGCAACAAUAACAUAAAAGAAUAAAGGAAAACAACAAAAGUCGCCGUUUUUUAUUCAGACGAAUCGAGUAGUUGUAAGCCUAACUAAAAACUCAAUUUCAGUAAUCAAACAAACGCGAGCGAAGCGAAGCGAAGUGGUUGGCCAACUGAAUUAACUCUGUGUGUGUUGUUGACUUUAAAUUAAUUCUUGUUAGCCAAUUAUCAAUAUUAUUUUAUAUUUUUAACAAAAAAUAAUUUUAUUACGAUUUUGAAUUUCAGUUCGUUACAUUUUAUUUGUGCUAAUCGCGCUUACAAGUGAAUUUCUUUUGCAUUUUCGUUGUUAUUAUGUUAAAAGUAAUUGGCAUAAACGUAUCUAAAUAAAUUUCCUACAUAUACAAUUGGAAUACGCGUGGCUGAACUAAACUAUAGUUGUGCUAAUACAAUAAUAGUAUUUACUAUUUGGUUGUCUCUGUUAAAUUGUUGUUGUCAUUGUGCGUGCCACAGAGUCAAAUAGUGUUCAACAUUUGGCGUUGAAAUUUUGUUUAAAAGAAAACAACUAAAGAGGGUGUGUUUUCUUUCUUUUUCGUGUGUUUUUAAUAUUUUGCCUUAAAAUCGUUUUUAAUGUUAUUAAAAAAAAGUUAAUAAAUUAAAUAAAAUUUACAAAAAAUCUUAAUUAAAUUAUAAAAUAAUCUUCGAAAAUCUAAGAAAAGUGUAUUUGAGUGAAAUCCUUUGUUGUGUUUUGUUUUUCCUGAUUUUGAAUAUGUUUAAAAGAUGGCGCAUGUGCAUUACUGCUAAAUGAAAAUCUAGAAAAUCAUUUCAAUGAAUGUUAAGUGUUUCAAUAACGUCUAAGAAAAAUAACAAUAAUAAAGUGCAUUUUCCAAAUAUAUACAUAAAUCACUUUAAUUAAAAAAAAAAUAUAAAAAAUUAUUAUAAGAAUAAAAUCAGAAUAAGAAAAAAAUAUAAAAUCAUUUAAAAUCCCAUUUAUAAUCUAUUCUUUGUAUGUAAGAAAAAAAUUCUUUGUUUAUAAUAAAAAAAAGAAAAAUUAAAUAAAUAAAAUAUAAAAAAACAACGCAUUUAAAUUUCCCAACAACCGACCACCUCAAAGUGUGUUUAUACAUAUAUCUUUCCUCUACUAUUUCUGUGUUCUACAAAUAAAUUCAAGUAGAAAAUUAUCUAAAUUUUUAAUUAAAAUCAAAUAGCAAAAAAUUAGUGAAAAUGUCUUUAAAAGUUUUAAAAUCAUUUAUUCUAUUAUUGUUACUGCAACAAAUUGUAUUUGUCAAAUCAAAUGAAAAUUCACCAAUGAAAUCUUACAAUCUUCGCAAAUCAUCUAGAUUAGAAUCAGCUGUUUCGGACGAUUCAGUGUACAAUUACUUGAUGGAGUUUGAUUAUCUACCGAAAUCAGACAUCGAAACGGGAGCUUUAAGAACGGAAGAACAACUUAAAGAGGCCAUACGAAAUCUUCAGAGCUUUGGCAAUAUUCCAGUGACUGGCGAAAUCGAUAGUGAAACGAAAAAACUUAUUAAACGACCACGUUGCGGUGUCGGCGAUAAUAAUCAUUCAUUAUCAUUCUCACCCGAUAAUUUGCAUCAUGGUCGUAUGAAACGUUAUGUUCUACAGGGACCCAAAUGGGAGAAAACUGAUUUAACAUGGAGGUAA